AUGGUCAAAAGUUUCCAUAGUACUGUACUACAUAUACCCACACAGGCAACAAGCACUGCUGCUACAACGAUUGCCCAGCAGCUCCAGUUACUACAGCAACUGCCACAGUUUGCCACAGCAGCCCCUCAAAUAGCCACAGCACCUCAGGGCUUCUUCAUACAGAAUCAGUUUGGACAGCCUGCCAUGAUCCCAGUAUCAGCAUCACUCCACCCUGGACUGCAGUUUGGCGCCCAGGACUUACAGCAACUUCAACAACUCCAGCAACAACUUCAGCAACAACAACUACAGUUACAACAGAUCCAAACUAGCCAGGCAUCAGCCUCUGUUGUCACCCAACAGGCCACCUCCGUAGCAACCACCCCACAAAUACAGGCCACGCCCAUGCUCACUGCUGGGGCGAUACAAGGAUUAUCAGGCACACAGCAAAUUGUAUUUGUAAAUCCAGCACACUUGGCAGCAGGGCUACAGCCAUUGGUGAUUCAGAAUCAGGGUAUUCCUUUACUCCCUGGUCUGACUGCUACAACCCUAGCAACGCUUGCCCAACAGCAACAACAACAACAACAACAACAACAACAACAACAACAACAACAACAACAACAACAACAGCAGCAGCAGCAGCAGCAGACACAGCAACAACAAUCACAGCCACAACAACAACAGGUGCAGCCACCACCAACACACCAACAACCACCACCGCAACUGCAGCAGACUACAAUCAAUCCGAUUCAGCCACAAAUUCAGCAACAGAUUUCGACGACGAUACAACCCGUCAUCCAGACAGCUGAGGUCGCCCAGUCUUUACAGAUUAUAAAACAGAUCAACUCACAAGGCCAGUUCUUAUCUCCAUCAACGAUGAAGACAAUGAAGAAAAUGGAAACACUUCCCAAUAACACUGUCAACACAUCGCUCAGUAAUCAUGUCAGCCCGACAGUCAGUCUCAGUGUCAACGUAAAGUCAGACCCAACCGUUUCACCGCCUCUCAGCCCUACAUCACUUACGCUACAGCCAGAGGAAAACAUUGAUUUGGAGGAAUUAGAGCAAUUUGCCAAAACUUUUAAAAGGAGACGGAUAGAGCUUGGAUUCACGCAGGGUGAUGUUGGCCUGGCCAUGGGUAAGCUGUAUGGAAAUGACUUCAGCCAGACCACCAUCUCCAGAUUUGAGGCAUUAAACCUAAGUUUUAAGAACAUGUGUAAACUGAAGCCUCUCCUACAGACCUGGCUCAAGGAUGCUGACUCCAUGUCUGCCAACGCUGCACCUUGUCCCGGCAGUCCGGGAGGCGUGAUAACACCAGAGUCGGUGUCGCGGAGACGGAAGAAACGCACCAGUAUUGAAACAACGAUCCGCGUUGCUCUGGAAAAAAGUUUUCUUAACACACCCAAACCUUCAUCAGAAGAGAUCAGUAUGCUAGCUAAUGGACUCAACAUGGAGAAGGAGGUUGUCAGAGUGUGGUUCUGCAAUCGACGACAAAAGGAGAAACGUAUUAACCCACCUUCCUCCUAUGUUUCGUCCACCAACUCUGUCCAGCUAGUGAAGGGUCUGUCCCCUACAGCUGUGUCCAACAAUACCCUAUCGAGUCUUGUCUCUCAGACAUUACCUAACAUUUCCACGGGGACUCCCUCAAAUAAUGCUCAGGUAUCAAUGGCCACUGUUACCGGUACCAUUCCCGUGAGCAUUUCUCUCAACAACCAAAACCUCAUCAUGACAAAGCUAAUACAGGGAAACUCUACAAAUCAGAUGAUUAUUCCAUCAAGUAUGGCUACUAAUAUUGACCAGUCUUCGUUAAACAUUUCAAGUUCAAGUGUGGUUUCCAUGGAUACGUGCACGUGAUCUACUGUGUCAUAUUGCCUACAGGACAUUUUAAAUCUUCCAUUGAAAUUAAAUGUUCAACCAGACCA